ACGUAGUAGAGACUGGCUUCAUGGCCGCUGCGAAGAAGGCAGCGGUGGGACCCUUGGUGGGCGCGGUGGUGCAGGGCACCAACUCCACCCGCUUUCUGGUUUUCAGAGCAAAAACAGCAGAACUGCUUGGUCAUCAUCAAGUGGAACUAACGCAAGAGUUCCCAAAAGAAGGAUGGGUGGAACAGGACCCGAAGGAAAUUCUUCAGUCGGUUUAUGAGUGCAUAGCGAGAACGUGCGAGAAACUUGACCAAGAGAAUAUUGAUAUAUCCAACAUAAAAGCUAUAGGUAUCAGCAACCAGAGGGAAACUACUGUCAUCUGGGACAGGUUAACUGGAGAGCCACUCUACAAUGCCGUGGUUUGGCUUGAUCUAAGAACCCAAUCUACUGUUGAGAUUCUCAGCAGAAAAAUUCCUGGAAAUAAUAACUUCGUCAAGUCUAAAACUGGCCUUCCCCUUAGCACUUAUUUUAGUGCUGUAAAACUUCGUUGGAUGCUGGAUAAUGUGAGAAAAGUCCAGAAAGCUGUGGAGGAAGGUCGAGCUCUGUUUGGUACCAUUGAUUCUUGGCUUAUCUGGAGUAUGACAGGAGGAGUCAAUGGAGGUGUCCACGGGACAGACGUAACAAAUGCAAGUAGGACAAUGCUUUUCAACAUCCAUUCUUUGGAAUGGGAUAAAGAGCUCUGUAACUUCUUCGAAAUUCCUAUACACAUUCUUCCCAAUGUCUGGAGUUGUUCUGAGAUCUAUGGCCUGAUGAAAGGUGGGGCUUUGGAAGGUGUCCCAAUAUCUGGGUGUUUGGGAGAUCAGUCUGCUGCAUUAGUAGGGCAAAUGUGCUUCCAGGAAGGACAAGCCAAAAACACGUAUGGAACAGGCUGUUUCUUACUGUGUAAUACAGGUCAGAAGUGCAUAUUUUCUGAACAUGGCCUUCUGACCACAGUGGCUUACAAAUUAGGCAAAGACAAACCAGUGUAUUACGCAUUGGAAGGUUCUGUUGCUAUAGCUGGUGCAGUUAUUCGUUGGCUGAAAGACAAUCUUGGUAUUAUAAAGACCUCAAAAGAAAUUGAAAGCCUUGCUAAAGAAGCAGGUACUUCUUAUGGCUGCUACUUUGUUCCAGCUUUUUCAGGGUUGUAUGCUCCUUAUUGGGAGCCCAGCGCAAGAGGAAUAAUCUGUGGGCUCACUCAGUUUACUAAUAAGUGUCAUAUUGCUUUUGCGGCAUUAGAAGCUGUUUGUUUCCAAACUCGCGAAAUUUUGGAAGCCAUGAACCGUGACUGUGGAAUUCUAUUCCAUCAUUUACAGGUAGAUGGAAACAUGACCAGCAACAGAAUUCUUAUGCAACUACAAGCAGAUAUUUUACAUAUUCCAGUAAUAAGGUCUUCUCUGCCUGAAACAACAGCGUUGGGAGCUGCCAUGGCUGCAGGAGCUGCAGAAGGAGUAGGUGUUUGGAGUUUUAAACCUGAGGAUUUGUCAGCAAUCACAAUGGAACGCAUUGAACCACAGAUCCAAGCCACAGAAAGUGAAAUCCGUUAUUCUACCUGGAAGAAAGCUGUGAUGAAGACAAUGGGCUGGGUUUCAACUCGGGCUCCCGAAAAUGGUGAACUUGCUAUCUUCUCUAGUAUGCCCUUGGGCUUUUUUAUAGUGAGUAGCUUGAUAAUAUUCAUUGGAGCAAGAUACAUCUCAGGCAUGCCCUAAUAAUUCCAGCCAUGGAUUUACAAGAAUUAAGCUUUUUACUACUAAACUAAUCCAAGAAUUUUGUCUUUCAGUAUGAUAAUGCUAUGAUACACUCUGAUUUUAUUUAUAGAACAUGUACUGUAUGAUCCAUGAGAGUCUUACAGGUAGAUCUGUGGUUUGAAAUAAAGA